GGUUCGUUCGACACUAUGCCACCUACGCCGCUUCGACUGUCGCUUCCCCUUCCUCGCCAUUAUAGGGCAAGAAAGGCUGUACUUGUGGGCGUCCGCUACACCGUACUCGCGAAUCAACAGCCACGCUCGAAGUAUACUCUAACGAGCACUUACUCGGACGUUGAGCACCUUCAUGAGUUCCUCACAGAGACGAUGGACUUCCCACGUGAAGAUAUAACCGUUCUCAAGGACGACGUUGACCCUCAGGAUGCCCGGUAUCCCAACAGAGCCAACUUGCUGAAGGCAAUGGAGGACUUAGUUUCAGAUGUGCGGCCGGGUGAUCAUCUGGUCUUCCAUUUCUCUGGUCAUGGAUCUCAGAUACCCGAUGAGAACGGCGACGAGAAGGAUGGCAUGGAUGAAGCUAUCUGGCCUGCGGAUGUGGUGCCGGGUCAAGGACUGUAUGAUGCGAAUAAUGUGAUCCUCGAUGACACAAUCAAGGAAAUGCUCGUCGACAAGAUCCCGGCCGGUGCCCAUCUCGUUAUCAUCCUUGACUGCUGUCACUCGGGCAGCGGGGCAGAUCUGCAGCACUGUCAUAAAGACCAUUUCUCGGAGCAGGUGCACGAGGAAAUCCUGCAUCCCUUACCGGCUACCCGGAUUUCCGUACAGAAAAUCGGUUUGAAAGGGAUCACAGGUGACAGAGUAAAGAAAGACACGACCUCCCCCAUCUUCGCCAAUGUCAAUGGUGGUCCCACCAUCAAUAUACUGUCUCCUCUUACUCCAGCCACCGCGGACGCCUUCUCCCCGGACUCUGAUUCUCCAUCCUCGACUCCUGCCUCCUCCCUGUUCGAAUGGUCGUCCUCAGCCGCGUCGACCCCUUCUUCCGCAACAUCGUUUGAGUCUAUGGAGGAGCUGCCGUUGUACCGAACCCCGAAACACCCUGUGGUCAUUUCGUGGGCAGCCUGCCAAGACCCAGAUACGACGCUCAGCCUAGCGAAUUCCGGGGGCUACUUCGUCAAGGCUUUCGUAGAGGCUUUCCGUAAGUCUUUGGUGUUGCUCUUACGUACUUCGACAUAACACAGAAGAAUAGGCGAAAUGCAGAACGCUACGCACGAGACUUUGCUCCAUCUCAUCAAGGAGAAAAUGCAAACGUCUGUCACGCACUUCGUCGAAGAAGUAGCCCAUAAGAAGUAUCCACGUCCGCUUCCGCAUGUCCCGGCGGCCCCACAGAACUUCUUGGAAGCACAUGCAACAAAACAUCAGCACGACAACGAUGAGACGAAGUUCGAGAAGAGAAUAUGGAACAAGCUGGAAAAGGACAAACAGGCUCAUCCCGAACCAAUGCUGGCGACGCUCCAUGACUACCGCGGCGUACUCUGUACGCCAGUAGCAGCUGUCUUUGGUGUCGCUGUGCGGUCCGUUCAGAAAAAAGGCGCGGUUGGGAACCCCUCUGAAAAUGAAAUGAACGUCGAGGGUGACGUCGAGACGUCUUCGGAUCAUUAAUCUAAACUACCUCCGCAGAAGGAACGCAUAUCUAUUCAAGCAUGUCGUGUAGCAAUAGUAUUCCGAAGCAUGGCUAGCUAUUUUCUUACCUAUCUUUGCCGUGGCGAGCCUAAGCUGGCGCGGCUCACUACUUUCCCUAUAUCAUCGUAUAGUACUAAGCCAUAUACACUUGAGCACUUAAUAUAUGGCUUUGAUUCGUUUUGCUGCG